AUGCUUAAGGAGAAACUGAACAGGUGUGCGCUGCUCCGUCUCUGCCUCCUCCUCUCCGCCGUGUGCCUGUGCCUUCACCUUUAUGUGGAGUUGAUGGGGUUUGGAUGGAGGGGUUGGAAGAGGGGUACGCCGGUGCCCCUCUCCCCAAAACGACCCCCACGGGACAGGAGGGGUCCGACGGCUACCCGCCCCGCGUCUAACGCGGCCAAGAGGACGGUGUCCUAUGUACUCGUGCCAAAGAGGGACCCGGGGGUCGCCAAGGCAACAGGGGCAUCAAUUGAUCCUGUGCCCACAUCCACGCGUCUACACAGACAGGUUCCCAGGUGGCGUAUUGAACUGGAGCCGUGGGCCAGUGACAGACACAGCCUGGAGGACGAGGCCCAGAGAUUCCUCAACUAUAUUACCACACCACAGGUGAUCUGUGAGGAUCCAGAUCCGAGGGUGAAGCUACUGCAGGAGAUCCAUGAGGGAACACAGAACCCCUGGCUGCUGUGUCUGGAUGGACGAUACAGUUUGGCUCGACGCGUCUACAGCAAACACUGUCGAGUCUAUUCCCUGGGUCUGGGGUUGGAGGAGAAGCAUUUGGAGCGGUUGCUAGCCCAUGCCGGCUGCGAGGUCCAUUGUUUUGACCCCAGUAUUAGAGAGGCUCAUCUUCAGGACGCCGACAUGUGGCUUCACCGGCUCUCUGUGGACUGGCGGGAUCCUAACCCAGCAAUUCCCCUUAAGAGACAGCACAGCAGCACCAAGAAGCUGGCCACCAUCCUCAAUGACUUUGGCCACAGGGAGGUAGAUGUGUUAAAAGUGGACAUGGAGAGUGCAGAAUGGAAGAUUCUGGAAAAUCUCAUUCUGGAAGGAGUGUUGCGCUCGGUAGGCCUAUUGCUCCUUGAGGUUCACCUUCACUGGGCAGGCUUCGAAGUGGGCGGAGACGAACCUUCCGUGGUUCGCUAUUGGUUCAGCCUGCUGAGGGAAUUGGAGCAUGCUCAGUUUCUUCUUUACCACAGCGCCAGAGACCCUACCAAACCACGCCUUUUCCUGCACAGAAACCUGUUCAAUGCUAGCAGCACCUACACCCUGGGCUGGGUAAACACACAGUGGCCACCACGGUGA